ACACCGAGUGCGUGGGCGAUGUGGUAUCUUCGCAAGGAUCUCGAGUGGAGGCGGCGCGCGGAGAGGGAGCACGAAGCCCGGAAGGCCGCGCUGCGAGAAGCACGCGCCGCCGCCGAACGCAAGGCUAACCAGCGGUCUCAGGCCGAGCGCGCUUUCGCCGCCUGGUGCGCAAUGAAGAGCGAGCUAGAGGCGGCGAGGCGAGCCGAAGAUCGACGUCGCAGCGCCAAAGCCGACGAAGACCGAAAGCGGACCGAAAUGCGCGCGUGUGCGCUGUCAGAGAGAAAGUGCAGGGAGUGGCUUGCCAGAAAGCAAGUGGAGAAGGAGGCCAGUUUGGCGAAGAAACAACGAAUUACGACCAGCGGCGACGCCGAGAAGGCGGCAGCGAACCAAAGUGCUUUCAACGCUUGGCUCGCCGGCAAGGGUACGAAGAAUUCAACGGAGAAGUUCCACGUAAAGUGUAUUGACGGCCAACUGUUCGCAGUGUGGCGGUAGUCUACGCCCAACUCUUUCCAGUGAUGAUCGAUUGAGCGUCGCUGUGUAUCUAUGUUUUCGAGUGCCACAACUUGCGUCUAGCAGGCGCGGUAAUUUUUUUCAUGGAUAGAGCUGAUUUGUGAGAAUAUUAAGUGACGAAUGCCUUUCGUAGCUUUUGAUUUGUUGUGAAAUUAGGAAAUAAAUAUGACGGCCGAUAAAAAUGAUACCCAAGCCGCAAUAUAUAUGCAAUAAUCACAGAGGCAUGUAAUGGUAUCUUCGCAUAAAGAAAUUGUAUAACUUUUUCUUGCCUACGUUGCCUACUCUUGCCUCCACUCCUAUAUGUGUAUUUGUAUAUUUGUGCAUUGUACAUAUAUAUAACUGUAAAGUAUUUUAUCGACAUCUCACAAUGAUUUCAGAAAUGUGACAAAAGAGAUGCCAAUUCAUUUAGUGGAGGAAGCUUGUUAUCGGAAAAUCUACCCUGAAGGUCUAUAAUUGACACGACAAAGGAGACAACAUGCCGUGUGAUUGACUUGCGGAAUU